UUUUGUGAAACGGGCAAGUUGUGCAUUAAGUAAAUAAAAAGUCGUAGGUACUAGUUGCCAGGUUUGAGUACCCGGUCGAUUCAUCAAUCAAGCGAGUGAAUUAAUAGGAAGGUUGAUAAAAGAAGUGGUUCUCUAACUAGAAACGGCUACCACAUCCAGCGCUGGUACUAUUGUAUGGUACCAUCGCAUGGUAUGAUCAGUACUCGUCAAGCAGUGGCGAUAGGAGCUGCUUAGCUAAGUUUUUUGUUUCUAGUCGCGCUCUGAUCAGUGAUAAAAAAAUGUAACUCAAAUUUGACAAAGAUUGGGAUUAAAUCAAAUUAAAGCAAAUGAAGUGGUUUCGCAAACAGGGCGAAGCGCCCCGACUUCUGAGCCUUUCGCCUCUUCGCUCCACCGAGAGCGAUCAAAAUCCAAAUGUUGAGAUUUUGUCACCCCCCAAACACGUCAAACGGAGAUCGCGUCUUGAAAUGUCCCCGGCUGUUUGGGCCCGAAGGCAAAAUAACAAGAAUGACACAAACUUUUACAAUGUUGAGGACAGCGUGAUUAUCAUUGAAAAAUCGAACAGGAGAAGGUACAAGUCGCAACCGCGGAGUGUCUCCGAUCGGGAAAAAAGGAACCCCCUUUUGGAUAGAGUGAAACACACGCGGUUGUCUUGUUUCCGGUCAAAUUCAACAGCUUCAACUCUAGUUGACGUGCCUUCGUGCAGUUCAAAUAAUCACACUAGUGACAGUCAAAGUCUCGAUUUGGAACUUUUGGGUGUUAGUGAUAAAUAUGACAGUUUGAAUCGUGCUUCGUGUUUCACAGCCAAGUUGCGAGCAAUGUCCGAGAGGUAUCUUCAAUCUUCAACCAACAAGUUCCUAAAUAAGCUUUACAAAAAUCCGGGGCCUCUUGCCGAGUCUACUCCGGUUAAAAAUCCAAGACGGAAGAAGAACCUCCGGGUGAAACUACGAAGCUUCUCGUAUGGGGCUCUUCCAGGGCUUGAGGAAUUCCAACCGGAAAGAGACACCGUUGAGGAUGAAGACGACCGGUUACUCCUCGACCAUGAAGAUUCCGACAGUGGGAUUAUAGUCAACGAUUCGGGAUUGUCCGGGAAUAACUCUCUCCUGGACUUUGAAUCGACGAAUUUGCGACGGAACCACCCGCAAAGAGCGCUGUCUUUAGACCGGCGCGAAAUCUUCAACGAGAAGAAAACCACAAGUUUGGUACGCCUUAUUAAACGCACUCCGGACGAAGAACUCGGCAUUUUCCUCACGAAAAGUCGCGAAGUUUUUCACGGAUUUGUCGUCGCUCAUAUUGUGCCAGACGGAGUCGCGGCCAGACAAUCCAGUCUCAUGCCAGGCGAUGAAGUGAUCAGCAUCAACGGCCGCGAUAUCUCCUCCAUGAACAUGGCCGAAGCGAAACAAUCCCUCUGUACCUCAAACCUCCACGUAGACCUCCUCGUCUGUCGCAAAACAAUGAAAGAAAGUUUCGUCGAUUCGACCCCAAGUCCCCUAUACAAACGCCACCACUAUUUCCAAAAAAACAGUUGCAGUCAUGGCAGUUAUAACAAAGUUCUUCGGCGUGCUACCGCCUCCACGACGAAAAACACCGAAUCGCCAUUCCCUUCUAGUCCUCAAACCGACACCACGAACUUUUGUACCCUCCCCCGGAGGCCCCGCUCAACGAUUUGCACCUUCCAUACAGUAAUUUUAGAAAAAGGCCCUGGGAGGAAGUCUCUAGGGUUUACUAUUGUCGGCGGCCGGGAUUCCCCUAAAGGCGCUUUGGGGAUUUUUGUAAAGACGAUCCUCGCCAAUGGACAAGCGGCCGAAGAUGGCCGGUUGAAAGCAGGUAAGUUGGGUCACCACCCCCUUGAAAUAUCUCAUUUCACGUUCGAGGUGACGAAAUUUUGGCUGUUAAUGGACAAGUUUGCCAUGAUAUUUCACACGCUGAUGCUGUUCUUUUGUUCAAAAGUGUCAAAAACGGACCAAUUGCCUUGCACGUCUGUCGAAGGAACAAAGCGAAGUCGACCAAAGCCAAAUCCUGUACAAAUCUCCAAGCGAAUUGAGCCAUAUGUUAAAGAACUGAAGUAUUUUUACGUGCAUUGGGUUUGUGAUACUUGUAUUUUAAUAAAACUUUUUAAUAAAACUGCGCUUCAUUCAAUGCAAUCCCUUCCUCAUAUUUGAAAUGAUUUCAGAACACGCGCCCCAGAGAUUUUUCUCUGAGAAAUAAGAUAAAAUACCAUCAGGAACAUAAAAAAAUGUGUCCAAAAAACUCUAUCUAUAAAAAUUUCGAAUUAUGUCAAUUCAAAAAAUGUCAAUGUAAACCAGGCUUUAU